ACAAGUUAAUGAGGGAUGUAGCAGAGACCCUGAAGCCCUCAGACCCCGACAGCUGCACACAGGAAGACGACUGCCAGACGGAGAUACAGACAGAAAAAGAUAUUUACGCACUGAGACUGAGAUGACGUGGCGUGAGUUACGGAGUCGGCAGUUCUGGCGAGCCGUGCUGGCAGAGCUGCUCGGCACCCUGGUGUUAGUGAGUACCGUGCUGGGUUCCUCUAUGCCAGGCCCUGGAGGGGCCCCCGUGGGAACCAUGUACCCAGCUGUGGCCGUGGGGGUGGUGAUUGUUGCACUGGGACACUGUUUUGGAGAAAUAAGUGGAGCACAGGUGAACCCCACAGUGACUCUGUCUCUGUUGGCCACUCGGAAGGUGGAUCUCCUCAAGGCCCUUUUUUACGUCGCUGUGCAGUGUUUAGGUUCCUCUUUAGCAGCCGGGGCUCUUUACCUGGCCCUGCCGCUGAAAACUACUGCAGACCACUUUGUCAACAGGGUGCCCAUAGAGUCGAAUGCAGCCCAGGCUCUGGGCAUCGAGGUUCUGUGCGCUUUCCAGAUGGUGUUCACCAUAUUCUCAGUGGAAGACCAACGACGAAGGGAGUGCACAGAGCCAGGAAACUUAGCCAUCGGAUUAGCUCACACUGCUUCAGUGUUAUUAGGGGGCCGCUUCUCUGGCGCGUGUAUGAAUCCUGCACGUGCUCUGGGUCCUGCCAUCAUCACUGGAUUUUGGGAAAACCACUGGGUCUUUUGGAUUGGACCCGUGCUUGGUGGUGUCCUGGCCGGAGUGUCCCACGAGUUCUUCUUCGCACGCAGCGCCUCUCGCCAGAAGCUGGUGGCGUGUCUGACCUGCAAGGACAUCGAGAUCGUGGAGACGGCCAGUAUGACGGGAUCGUCGCUGUCCACGGUCACGCAGAACGCCAUGAGAGCCAAACAGGCCAACAAACAAGACAACAACUAGAGGACACAAACAUAGAAUCACACACACCCUCUCUGUGAUUUUGUGAGUCUGCAUAGUGAACAGUUAAAGCUGCUGUCAGUGAUUUUGACACAAAGGACCAUCUCUGUGUGUGGUGGGAUAGUGGAAACUCUACAUUUAAGGCCUUUGCACACCGGACAUGGUUUUUUUCAUGCAAAUUAUUUUAUAUUAAAAAACUAUAAAACAAUUACAAGAAGUUCGCUCAAACUCAGCAGUAGCAGCUGAGUUUGUGUGUGUGAAGCCUGCUCUUAUACCUUUCUUCACAUCCUGCUUGAUGUGCAUGUAAGUUACGACACGUGCCCGGUGUGCAAAGACUUUUACUGCUCGAGCCUGAGCCUGAGGCCUUAUCCACACGGAAACAGAACUUUCCCCAAUACAAUCUUUGUCUUUUUUGCUCUAAAAUGAAUUAUUUUAACACCUGAAACCCCAAAAAUCAUCACUGUAGUGCAUAUGCCAGGCCUGUAUGUGGCGCUCUAUGCCUGCCACAGAUGUACACCAACGAUUUGGAAGAGCAUAAAUCUAGCGGUCUGUGCACAAACUCCAAACACAAGAAGAAGACAUUGAUGAAGAUGGUGACAGCAAAUGCAAGAGCAGGAGAUGCUAUAGCCUCAAAGUUGUAUGGUAAAAAAAAUAAUAAUAGAAGUAGUGUUUUAGGGCUCGGAAAAUUCUGGUUCUGUGUGGAUAAAAAUAUGAUAGAAAACCUUUCUUGUGUCCAGGCCUUGAGAGUGUGUUUGUUACUGAGCUGUCAGAAUAUAGAGCUAUACAUAACAUUCUACAUCAAUGACAGCAGCUUUAACACCAUGCAUCAUACAUCUCACACAUAUGAUCAAUAAUAUGUUUUCUUCCAAUUAAGGGGGUACGAUUUUUUUUUUUAAAGGGACAGUUCUGUCAGUUCUGUUCUGUUUGUUUUAAAGUGAGUUAAUCACGCAUGGUCAAUGUGUUACAUACUGUAGACUGCACUUCCUGUUUGGAGAGGAAGAUGAAACCCAAUUUACGCACUGAUUUAACGUGAACAGGGACAAGAGAGGUUAUAGAAAGCCCAGCUGGAAAUAUCAGUCGUUUCCUUAUUGUUUUUAGAUUUUAUUCAGACGAGACUGUCAGACAGACUGUAUUUCCCUCACAACACGUUCCCAGCACAGCUAAUACCAGCUCACUGACUUUAAAACUUAAAAAAAAAAAAACACAACAGAACUCUGUAAAAUCUAUUUUUAUUGAAUAUCAAACCAUUCUUAUGUCCCAGGCUGAUGCAUCAUUCGGUUUUGGAAAAAUAAAUGUAACUUAAUGUAAGUACAGGCAUAGGAAUAUCAAGUGACGGGGAUUAUCAGCUGACACUGCAGCUGCCCUCAUAGAGAGUAUUAGAUCACUGCUAAUUUUCAGUCCAUUGAAACUCCAGCAAAAACAUCCUUGAGAUGAAUAAUUUCCCUGCACAUGUGGAGAGAAAUCAGUGUGGAGGCUGCAUUUUGAGUUGGCUGAAUGAGACCUUUGAGGUCUCAGUGGUCUGUCAUUAGGAGCAGCCAAUAUUGUGAGACUCCGCAUUGUUACUUUAAUAUUUGCACGUCAUUAGAAUACAUUAGGGAGGACUCCUUUAAAAUCCCGCUGGAAAAAACCGCCCUCGUGUUCACCAUUUUCUGUCUGUGAAUGCUUUGAAAUGCUAAACAGGUUUUUCAAUGAUGUCUCUCUCAUCAUGUUAGUGUCCGUCUCUUCUGUGAGGGCUUCGGUUCACUAACAAUAGAGCUUCAUACCUCUGUAAUGGCUCUACACCCUUACUGGGAAUGAGCUUUGUAAUUCAAAAUGGACUAAAUGAGUGUGCGUGUGUCACAGACAAUACUUGUUUUCAUGAAACCUUUAUUUGUGCGUCUUUUUGAAAAUGUGUUUUUAAAGGACGAGGUCACUCAUUCACUCGCUAAAAACAAAGCACCCAUUAAUGUAUUGUGCUAUUUAGCGAUGCUGUUACGGUAAAUCUAUUAUCUUGCCUCCGUCAGUGCAUCAACACUUUGAGGUGUUGCUUGUAAAGUGACUCAAGCUGAAAAUAACAUCAACAUUUAGCUUCAAACUGUGUUUAAAACUUGUUUUUCACCUUAACUUUUUCCACAUUCAGACCAAUAUUUUUUAACUUAUACAUAUAUUAAAUAGUUAAAUCUAAAUAUUAAACGUUACACCUAAAUGUUAAGUAUUACAUCUAAAUAUUAAAUUUAAACCUAAAUGUUAAACCUUAAAUGUUAAAUCUAAAUGCUAAAUAUAAAUGUUAAAUAUAAAUAUAAUUCUUAAAUAUAAAUGUUCCGGGUGAAAAUAUUUAGCUAAUAUGCAAAUUCACACGGUUGGUAACCAGAAGUACAAAAAUAAAAUCAGAUGGUUGAGACUGUGUUCAUAGACUGUAAUAUUUAAUAUUUAUGAACUAUUUUAUGUAAAAGUUAACAAAUAUUAGUCUCAAUGUGGUGAAUGUUAAAAAAAUUCACCACAUAGUUUGAAGCUAAAUGUAACAAAAUGUUAAUGUUAUUUUCAGCUUGAGUCACUUUACAAACGGCACCUCAUAUAAUCCACCCUCAACGCACAUAGAGUCCUAAUAUAGUAUAAAAUGUGUUGUUUUUUUGUUUAUUUUUGUGAUUUGAGUUGGUUGAACCGACUUUUGACAAUAAACAUUUAAAGGGAUAGUUCCGUUUCUUUUUAAAUGUGGUUGUAUGAGGUACUUACCAACUGUGUGAAGAACUAUCAUGUCGUCUACAUUCUCAGGGAAGAAACUGAUGUUAGUCACUGAACAAAACACUCACCAAACAAAAUCUAUACAUUCUUAGUUCUGUGCUACUUCGAGAAUCUUGCUGUUAGAUAUAGAAAAUGACAUUUGUGUUUCUUGGUAAACCACUCCCUUCCUGCACCAAACUCCAUAGAAAAAGUCAGUGAUUUUACAGCAUUAGAAACACAUGAGUUGUUCAUCCGCUGCUGCCUCCAUCAGUAAAUUCAAAUGUGUUAUUUUGUCAGUUUGAUGUCGGAAUCCUUUGUUCGGAUGAACAAAAGUGACCCAAGUGACACAAAUUUGCCAAACAAGGCAGCAGUAGACCAGCACCUAUAUGUGCCAACAAGCUAAAAAUGUUAACUUUCUCUAUGGGAUUUUGUGCAGGAGGAGUGAGUGGAGACAAGAACAUCACAAACUUAUAAUAAAGGUAAUUUGAUGGUGAGAUAGAGCAAUGCACAUAUUCUUAAGAUGGUGAAGACAUGAGGAGGCAUCAGUUUUUUUUAUGUGCCAUAGAAUAAACUUGCUUGGUUUGCACAAAGCAGACACACACACACACACACACACACAGUGUCAACCACAUUUCGAAAAUCCUGAACUACAACUUAAACAGAGGGUUAAAAACUAUUACGUUUUAAGAAACCUUACAAAAAAAAUAAACGUUGUGUAUUUAUGUUAAUAUUGAAGGUAAAACUUCGAUUGAUCAGCUCAACGACAA